UACAAAUACCAAGUGAAUGUAGACGGGACCGUAGCAGCUUACAGGUUUCCAUACCUCUUGCUGGGUGACAGCCUAGUAUUGAAGCAAGAUUCCCAGUAUUAUGAACACUUUUAUAUUGGAUUAAAACCAUGGAAACAUUAUGUUCCAGUUAAGAGAAACUUAGAGGACUUAUUAGAGAAAAUAAAAUGGGCUAAGGAAAAUGAUGAAGAUGCAAGAGAAAUUGCUAAAGAAGGACAAUUAAUGGCAAGAGAAUUACUUCAGCCUCAUAGGCUUUACUGCUACUAUUAUAAAGUGCUCCAGAAAUAUGCCAAACGCCAAGCCAGCAAACCUGAAAUACGGGAUGGAAUGGAACUUGUACCUCAGCCUGAUGACAGAGACUCAGUGUGCAGUUGCCACAGGAAAAAGCCUUUAAGGGAAGAUCUAUAACUGUACUGGAUGGAGAAUAUCACCCACUUACAAUGCAAGAAUUUAAAUAGGAAUUAAGCUGUGAAAUCUAAGACACUUAUGCACUAGCAAACAUUCUUAGUUAUGUAUUCUUGUAUUUACCUAUCCUUUUUUACACUGACUCUGAUCUGCAACGUUGGUUCCCACAAUUUUGUCUCCAUGACCACCAGCAGACAGGUACUGAGCCUGUAAUGGGGAGCAUCUAGGGGAUUUGUUUGAUGUACUGCAUCCUCAGGAAGAAGAGCGCAGUGCUGCUCAUGCUCCAGCUGGGACCUAGUUACUAAAGUUUUAUGAGGAACCAGUCAUCCACAAAAGAUCUUCCAUGAGUCAGUACAAGUUAUUCUAAAGGUGCAUUUGCAACAUACUAAAACAGUGUUAUGAUUUCUUCAUAGUUGACCUCAGUGUUAGAUUGUUUCUUGUAUACAAAACAAUUUUCUAACUAAACAAAGAAAAUGAAUAUUUGAGAUUUUCAGAUAUCA